AUGUUGAAGGUCAGGCAAGACCCUAAAGACAAAGUCAAUCCAAACGAAGCUAAAUAUGAAGUGCUCGACAACAAUGAGCCUACGGAAAAGAAAGGUGAAGAAAAUCCGAUGAAGGUGGAUCGAUCUGAAGUUGGAAGGAUGAAAUCAGCCGACACAAUUGACGAAGUCAAAAGAACAGAGGACGAAGUUACGGAGGAAACGACAAAGAAACAUGAUGACACUAUAGAUAGAACGACGGCGACAGAUGACAGUUUAGAAGGCAUGACGGCGACAGGAGACCGACAGGGAACCGGUAAAGCGGUCGCACUAAAAGCUAGAGGUUUGGAGAAAUCCAUCAAGUUAAAACAGAAGAGCAAUAAUCAAACUAAAAGGGCACCAGAUCGAGUCCUAGAUUCGGUAGAAGAUGAUAGGAUGGAAAUGAACUCGAAUGACAGCGACGAAGCGCAUUCAUGCAUUGGCUCAAUAACGGAUGGUGAUUCAGUUGGCGGAAGGAUUUCUGCCGGUCUCAACAACAUAAGUAAAAAUCAAAAAGUUCAAGAAAAAGCAGGAACAAACCAGAUAAAUAGGCCGAAGAAAGCAGAUAAUAAGGCAGGUGAACUGGAUUUCGCAAAUGCUUUGAAGGAGUUGAAAGCGCUAAGAGAAAAGGAGAAACCGAAUUCUGGAGAGCAAAGCGCCGUGUUGCAACAUGAUGUCUAUGUUUUGUGGGAUGUGAAAGUGAUGUGGAAACGUUACCUAUAUUACAGCAUGGGAUUCGUUUCUAAUAAGGAAUCCGAAGAAAAGAAAGGCAAGGAGCGAAAGCCAGGAAUGGCAGCCAUAAACAAAGUGAAUCUUCCGAUGCAAAGAAAUACUGAUGAAAAGAACAAGAAAGUGAAAGAAAAGGUGCAAAAAAAGGUAGUAAAUCCGCCACAUGAGUGCCCGAAGUCGGAAUCUAUUAUUAACCAGGAAAAGUCAGAAAAAUCUCGUCCGUUGAUACCGUGA